AUGGGCGGACUCCUGACUCUGCCACCAUUCCUCGAGCGAUUCAACCACCCCACUCCUACGAUGCUCGGCUUCAUCGUCGGUGCCUAUGAUGUGGGCGCGCUCCUUGGCGUUAUCUUGUGUUUCCUGUAUGCACAGAUUCCGGGACGACGCUGGACUAUCGUUUUCGGCUGCAUCGUCACCAUGGUAGGCGCGGCUUUGCAGACGGCUGCUUUCUCGGUGGCUCAGAUGAUUGUUGGUAAGAUCAUAGCUGGUAUGGGCGUGGGUGCUAUCUCGGCCACAGUACCCAUGUGGAUUGCUGAAUGCUCGCAUAUUCACUGGCGCGGCAUCAUGAUCGUCAUUCAAUGUACAAUCGUGAUACUUGGAAUCGUAAUCUCCAAUUUCACAAAUUAUGGCCUUGUCUUCGCCUGUCCCAGCUUAGACGGCACAGACGGGCAAUGGAGAGUGGCAUUAGGGCUCCAGAUGAUCUUCCCUUUGUUCGUGUUUGCUCUCCUUCCCUUCUGUCCCGAAAGUCCAAGGUGGCUCGCUGCCAAAGGUGCUCCAGUUGGAGAGAUUGCUGGAAUCCUGGCACUACUUGAAGGGAAUAAUGCCACUGCAACAACGCCGGCCAUUGCUAGCAAAGCGCAAGAGAUCAUGGCAAUCGCGCAGCAUGAGGCAGAGCUUGAUAUCUCGUGGCGGGAGGCCUUUGGAGGCGGUGAGCUGCAAAAUGGUCGUCGGCUAUGGUUAAGUGGUUUUGUCGUGGGGCUUCUCCAGCAGGUUACUGGCGUCAAUGCCAUCGUGUAUUAUGCCCCUGUCGUUUUCCAGGAUGCGGGAUUGAGUCCGAGGAAUUCGUUUCUGAUGGGUGGAGUCGGCAGUAUUGCGAUGCUCAUUGGAACUCUGCUGCCUGUCAUGUAUAUUGAAAAAGCCGGCCGUCGCAAGACAUUGUUGAUUAGUGCCUCAAUCGAGGCCAUCACGAUGGGCGGCAUUGCCGCGAGCAUUGGCUGGGGCGUCAAACACCCAUCAUCUCGCGAGAAUGCCGGAUGGGCCGCGACGGCCUUCAUCAUCGCAUUCGAAUUCGGCUUCGGGCUCGGAUGCUGCUCAAUGCCUUACCUCUGCGCACCAGAACUCAACUCACUGCGAGCCCGCCACAAAGGCCAUGCCGUGCAGACGAUGGGACUUUGGGGAGGUGGCUUCCUCACGGUCAUGGUAUCUCCAGUCGGAGUGGCGAAUCUGUCAUGGAAAUUCUACUUGAUCUGGAUGGUUCUGACCCUCUGCUGGAUCCCAAUGGUGUGGGCAUUCCUUCCCGAAACGGCGGGCCGGAGUCUUGAGGAGAUGGACUAUUUCUUCAAGAAAUAUCAGGAUAAGUGGUUUGUGCGCGACGUUGCGUUUGAACGCUUCGAGCGCGAGGAUGUUCUAUCCCUUCAUGAGGAUACAAAGAAUGAGAUCGAGCAGAUCGAGGUUACUGCCGUCAGAACUCAAUCUCGUACUUAG